AUUGUUCAAUAAUAGUUAAAAGAGCGCAUUUUGUCAGCGCCUGUGCUGUCUCCAAGAUGAUUUUUUUCUGACCGCGAUAAAUACUAGUGAUUUCUUGCAUAUCUGUGUUUUUUUACAGCGGAAACAGCAGGAGAGAGGUGUUUUGGACAGUGUAUGGGAGCUGAAUACACACACACACACACACACACACACACACACGCACGCACGCACGCGCGCGCGCACGCAAAGAGGAAAAUGGGGGAUUGAUCGGAUGGACGAUUGCAUUAACCAGCAAAAAGGCAUACUAGACAUUAAAAGUGAUGCCACUAAUGGAAUUAUCACUAUUUAACCAAGACUAUUGGAAGAAUGCUUAACAUACUAAUCAUAAACAAAUGAACAAACUUAUGCUUUAAGUCUCUUAGGCACUAUUCACACCUUUUUUUGCACUAUUUGCUAUAUUUUAUUUCACAUUCAGAUUUGCUUUUUGAAAUCCAUACAAAUUCCUACAUUGCCCAAUACACACUCACUAAAUCAUACAGGCUCACGCAAGCCCCAAGAAAACAUGGCAGAAAACAUGAGCUCCAAGAUGGAGAGUAGCUCCGUGUCCAACAUCUCCCUGCUGGGCCAGGGAGACUCUGUGUCCAAAUCAGUGGAGUAUAAGACCAUAUCAGUAUUUUUGGUGGUUCUGGUAUGCGGUGUUGGAAUUGUUGGCAACAUCAUGGUGGUCCUGGUGGUCCUUACUACACGACACAUGCGGACACCUACCAACUGCUACUUGGUGAGCCUUGCUGUGGCUGACCUGACGGUGCUGGUGGCGGCUGGGCUGCCCAACAUCUCUGAAAGCCUUAUGGCCACAUGGGUAUAUGGUCAAGCCGGCUGUCUGGGCAUUACCUACCUCCAAUACCUUGGCAUCAACGUGUCUUCCUGCUCCAUCACAGCAUUCACAGUAGAGAGAUACAUAGCCAUCUGUCACCCAAUGAGGGCUCAUAUGGUGUGUACAGUCUCUAGGGCCAAGCGCAUCAUUGCAGGGGUGUGGGCCUUCACCUGCAUCUACUGUAUGCUUUGGCUCUUUCUGGUGGACAUCCAAGUGAACAGCGAUGGACGUGUCCAGUGUGGGUAUCGCGUCUCCCGAGACCUCUAUCUGCCCAUCUACCUCAUUGAUUUCACCAUUUUUUAUGUCAUUCCACUGCUGCUAGCUAUCAUCCUGUAUGGCCUCAUUGCACGAAUCCUCUACUUGAACCCGUUGUCCCACCCACCGGAUUCAGGCACCAUCGCAGCCCCCACGCUCAGAAGAAGCUGCAAAGAGCCUGUGGACGCAAGCAAAGGAGGUCGUCAAGGACGACCAAAAAGUGCACCCUCAUCUCGGAAACAGGUCACCAAGAUGCUUGCUGUGGUGGUGGUCCUUUUUGCCCUGCUGUGGAUGCCAUACAGAACGUUGGUGUUAAUCAACUCUUUUGUCAGCACCCCAUACCUGGACGCCUGGUUCUUGCUUUUCUGUAGGACAUGCAUCUACGCCAACAGUGCUAUCAAUCCCGUAGUUUACAACCUGAUGUCUCAAAAGUUCCGCUCUGCAUUCCGUGGCCUGUACCGGUGCCAGCAAUUAGUCAGUCACCAGCGAAGCCUGUCUUCAGUCCAGACCAGUUACACUGUAGCUAGAGAUCCUCGAAGCACUCACUUCAGCAAUGGUACCAAGGAAACUGUCGAGAGAAUCAGCUGCACCAAAGCUAACCAACAACCAAGCAUGGAAUGCCCCCUGAGUCAAAAGAAAGAAUCUACAGAGAAUACUGGUAUUGACAACAUGGACAAGCUGCAAGAAAAGACAGAUGAAAGUGACACAGUCAAGGAUCAAGGCGAUAUUCCAAAGUUUGUCAUAAAAAACGAAAGAGAAGCAAUUAAAAAAGAAGAUAAUGGUCCUGGCUUGGCGAACAAGAGUGAUAGCCAAUGUUCUGAUAUUAGAAAUGAUAUGGAAAACUGUAAUAAUGUUAACAAUGACACGACUCCAGACAUUACCCAUUCUAACUCAGUGAAGGCUGUGGCAGCCUCUGAUGAGAUGAAGCCUGCACUUGAGCAAAAUGCUACUGAAUUGCUGCACAGCAUAUUGUAACAAAGCCCCUAAUGUUUCAUUAUUAAAGAUCUUCAAGGGAAAUCAUACAGGGGUGGGAAUUUUAUAGAUUAUUGCCCUGGUUUGAUGCUUGUGGUUAAAAAAAAAUUGAAGAUUAAUGUAAAUUUCAAACAGGAUGCAAAAGAGCUGCAUGACUUUGCACUUGCUGAUAUGUUGGAUGGGGGACUCGCCAGCAACACCUUUCCCCUCUCUACAAUGGCUUAAGAAGAUUUUUAUGUGUUCUUUUCAUCCAUAUUAUAUUAAAACAACUUGAUCUUUCUGGAAGGAGAAAAAGAAAGUAAUGAAUCCAACCAAGUGAGUCCAAAACCUACUUCUGUGAGAUCAGAGCUACAAGGCGCUUUUAUCUGAUAACAUGGUCCAGAGCAUCAGGUCAGCACAAACAUACAUCCAUGUUAUCCGUUCAGCCAACCGGAGGCAUUUAGAGGCUGGCUCUGGGCCAGAGAUAGAGCAGAGAGCAUGGCCAGGGAAGCUGACUUGUAAUGCAUGAACAUUUGUUCAAAAUAAAAGCCUGUGCUUUAAGAACACGUUGAUGGUUUACAACUGUUUCAUCUGCCAUCCUACUCAGAGGCAUGAUUAAGUCCACUAGGUAGCUUUUGUGGAGUGGAUGCAGACAAGAAAAGGGAAGAAUCAGACAUCAAUUUUCAGACUCAUCUACUUAUUCAUUUAUGUACAGUAUAUCAAGUAAAUGGGACAUUUUAGGACAAAUGCUAGUUUCCACUAAAGCAAAUGAAGAGGUAUAUCCUUUGUGUGUUUGUUAUACUGAUGUGUGCUGCUACUGAAAAGAUUUGAAAGCACUUCUUCAUGUAACCAGUGCCAAAAUAUUUAUUUAAAUGUUUCAAAUUUAUGUGAGAAGCAGCUAUAAAUAUGAUUUUUUUAGACAUAAAUGAUAAUUUAAUGACACUGUAAUGACUUAAACACCAUCAUGCAUAAAUUGUUUUUUUUAGUUGUUCUUUUACAGUCUGUUCCAUUUUGUAAUUGCUUUAUUGUGACGCCUGUAGUUUAUGCCUCUCUUGUGUUGUUUCUUUAAAAGGAGAGAUUAAGAAAAAGAUCUUGCAAUUGUUUGUCACUAGUUUUGUGGUUUAUUAAACUAAUUUUAGCUGUGCCACACUUAGAGUUCUGCCUGGAAGUCGGAAUUUUCAUUUAUCUCAUAGGGCAUCUUGUUAGAUGAGCCACCACCAUUCUGCUCGUUGCCGCUUUAGUGCUUGAGCUAUUAUUUCUGUACUGUCACAUUUCAUUUGAUAAGCAGUGAAUGAAGCCAGUACCAGUGUAAAGAGGCUCAUUUCAGAGUGCUAAAGUGGAAA